AGAGGCUCUCAUUAGGAAGCGCAAUCGAGGUCAGCCGUCGGCGUGCAGCAACAACAAGGGCAUCAGUGCAUCGGAGUGCGAACUUGUAGAGCGGCCAAAAAAGCAUUUAAAAUGUACAUAGACGGCGCAGAAGGAUUUUUGGAGUUUCUAAGAGGAAAUUUACCAAUCUAUGUGAUAGUGUUUCUGCCACUUUUGAUCGCCAUCUCGCCGGUGACCCCGGUUUUAGGAUCUCACGAAUUCACAGUUUACCGCAUGCAGCAGUAUGACCUGCAGGGGACUCCACAUGGUUGUAGAAGCUCCAUUGUUAACACCGAAGCACGGACGUUGCAGUCUUCUGCGUAUACGAGGAAAGUGGUCAUAGCACGGCUCGAAGAACUGACCCACGGGCAGUUCAGUGAGAUCAUUCAGCAGGGAGCAGCUGGGCUGCUGGUGCUGUUGCCCACAAACCUGAGCAGCGUUCCACCUGACAGGCAACAGCAUCUCAUGGAGCUGGAACAUAUUUUACAAGAGGAAGCCGUGCCCAUGCCUGUGUACUUUGCGCAUGAGACACCUGAGCUGAGGGAGAUGUACACCAGUGUGGAGAAGGCAUCCCACAGUGGCCAGACAGCCAGUGUAGCUGAAGAGAUGUGGCAUAUGCUGAGAGCCAGUGGCUUCCAGCUUGUUGUGUCGGGAGGUCAGACAAAAGCUAUGACCCAGCUACACCUUACAAGCAUACAGGGUAAGCUUUCAGGCUUUGGAGUCGAAGAGCAUCUUCCCACUGGUGUCAUUGUUGCCCACUACGACGCUUACGGGAUAUCUCCCGCAUUGUCAUUUGGAGCAGAUUCGAAUGGCAGUGGAGUUGUGGCACUCUUGGAGCUGGCACGUUUAUUGUCGAGGCUGUACACAAGUUCAAGAACACAUCCACAGUUCAACCUGAUAUUCCUCUUGUCGGCUGGUGGCAAGUUCAACUAUCAUGGGACCAAGAAAUGGAUCGAAGACAACAUUGAUAGUUCAGAGGGCAGCCUCUUGCCAGAAUCACUAUUCACAAUGUGCCUGGACUCAGUAGGAGCUGACGAUGGACUCUACUUCCAUGUUUCCAAGCCUCCUAAGGAUGGAACUACAACUGGCAUGCUUCUGGCUGAGCUGCAGAGAGUGGCCAAAGAAUUGUACCCUGGCCAGUUGGAAGUGUCUUUGGUACACAAGAAGAUCAACUUAGCGGACGAGACACUGGCCUGGGAACAUGAACGUUUUAGUAUGCGUCGUCUGCCGGCGUUCACUCUCUCUCACCUGCCUACCCACAGAGCACUCAGCCGGGCUUCUGUCUUUGACACACGGGAGAAGGUGGAGCUUAGCAAGUUGUCGCGUAACGUCAAAGUGAUAGCCGAGGCCUUGGUGCGGAUACUGUACAAUAUCACGGACAAUACAGAGGUCCUGAGAGACAGUCUUGCUCUGCAGCCAGACUACCUGGAUAACUGGCUAAACUUACUCUCGAGCCAACCUCGAAGCGUGCAGCUGUUGUCCCCUACAUUGGUGGCCACAUUAGAACAAGCAAUGGGAAAAUACUUGAAAGAAGUACGCCUGUCCACUUUCACGCCGGACAGGAGGGACCCAGAGGUGGCAUUUUAUGAUACGUCACUCACAGUUAUGAAUGCAUACAGUGUGAAGCCAGCUGUCUUUGACCUUCUGCUAGCUGGACUUAUUGCUGCCUAUCUUGGCACCGUCUAUGUCUUUGUUUUGAACUUCCAUUAUGUGCAAAGGGUUAUUGGAGCCCUUUCUCAACCAGCUACGAAAACAAAGUCAAACUAAAGAGUUACUGUUCCUGAUGGAGUCAAGAGAUGUUCACUCAAAAAUAAUUUUUUUUAACCUCGUAGAAAUGUCAAUGCUUGCACAUUUUAGCUUGCCCCUUUUUUACACUCUCACCCACUUUGCAGUUAAAGUGAACUUUUUUUUUUUUUUUUUUUUUAUUUACAAGCACCAUUCAUGUUUUCAAUCUGAAAUCUGCACAUAAAGAAACAAGAAUACGGAUACAAAGAUGGCAGUUGAAUAACAGAUCUGGUUCUUCCACAUUACAACUUCUAGCCAUGUGCAUGCAAAAAGGUUUCCAUCCAACAGAAUGUAAAGGAUGGGGGUAUGGUGAAAAUUUGGGACGAGGCAUAACCAGUCGAUUGUUGACUGUAGGGAUAUGAUUAUCAGUGGACAGAACUGGCCUGGGUAAAAUUAAACUAUUCCUGGUAUUUGACUCCCCAAUAAAUUGAUUUUUGUUACA